UUCUUCCUCCGCCACUGAAGCAGCAGCAGCAGGAGGAGGAGGAGGGGGACGGGGAGAGGGAUCCAGCCAUGAAGACCAUCAUUGCGGCCUAUUCCCAGAACCAGAGCGGGAGCCGGUCCCUCCUGCGGGAGGCGCUGCGGCCACUGCUGGCGCUGGUGUCCCUCCCGCGCUGGCCCUCCCAAGGGGACCUCCGGGCCGCGGUCCAGCUCCUGGCCGUCGCCCAGUGGAUGCUCAGCUUCCUCCUGAUGGGCCUGCUGCUGCUGCUGCUCCUGGUCUACCUGGCCUUCACUGCCUUCUGGCCGGUCUCCGCCCUCUACCUGGCCUGGCUCCUCCUCGACUGGGAGACCCCCGAGAGAGGCGGCAGGAGCUCCUCCUGGGUCCGUUCCUGGCCCGUCUGGAGCUACUUCCGGGACUACUUCCCCAUCCAGCUGGUGAAGACCCACCCUCUGUCCCCGGAGCGCAACUACAUUGUGGGCGUCCACCCGCACGGCCUGGUCUGCGUGGGCGCCUUCGCCAACUUCGUGACGGGGGCCACGGGCUUCGCAAAGAAGUUCCCGGGCAUCCGGCCCGCCCUCGGCACCCUGGCGGGGAACUUCCGCCUCCCGGGCAUCCGGGAGUACCUCAUGAGUGGAGGCCUCUUCCCAGUGACGCGUGGGGCCAUCGAGCACCUCCUCUCUCGGAGCGGGACGGGGAACGCGGUGGUGCUGGUGGUGGGCGGCGCGGCCGAGUCCCUCUCCGCCUCCCGCCCCGGAGAGACCACCCUGGUCCUGAGGCGCAGGAAGGGCUUCGUCCGCCUGGCCCUCCAACACGGGGCCUACUUGGUGCCGGCCUUCUCCUUUGGGGAGGAGGCGCUCUUCCGGCAGGUCUGCUUUGCGGAGGGCGGCUGGGCGCGCGGCCUGCAGGAGCGCUGCCGGAAGGCCCUUGGGUUCGCCCCCUGCCUCUUCCACGGGAGGGGCCUGCUCCCCCUGCCCUUCCCCACCCCCGUCGCCACCGUCGGACCCCCGCCUCCGCCUCCGCGCCCCGGGACCAUGGCCGACGGAUCCAAAGUGUUCAAGAAGACCAGUCCCAAUGGGAAGUUAUCCAUCUACCUGGGGAAGCGGGAUUUCGUGGAUCACGUGGAUCACGUGGACCCUGUUGAUGGAGUGGUCCUGAUCGACCCCGAGUACCUGAAGGACAGGAAAGUCUACGUGACCCUCACGGGCGCCUUCCGCUAUGGCCGGGACGACCUGGAUGUCAUUGGCCUGACCUUCCGGAAGGACCUCUACGUCCUGGUGACCCAGAUCUUCCCUCCGGUGCCCGACCAGGCCCCCAAGACCCUGACGCCGCUGCAGGAUAAGCUGCUGAAGAAGCUGGGGGAGAACGCCUACCCCUUCACCUUCGAGAUGGCCACCAACCUGCCCUGUUCGGUCACCCUGCAGCCCGGACCAGACGACGUUGGGAAGGUGCGUCUUUUCUCAGCACGACCCCCUUGGGGCUUUCAUAUAGGGAGGGAACCUUAACUGGACCCCCUCCCU